CUCUCGACGGGAGCAGUGUGCCUCCCUUCCCAGAUGGCAGCCGGCAGCGCCAUGCAGCCUCCCGUUCCUCCUCCUCUCCUUCCUCUCCGGCUCUAAGUCAAUGCCAUGCUGCCGCUGCUCCUCCCGGCACUGCUGGCCGCCUGCCUGCCGCCCUGCCAGGGCUGGAGCCCCACGGCGGCUGCCAGCGGGCAAGAGGAGCCGGAGCAGGAGCUCUUCUUGCCUCCCGUCAACUCCUCUUCCCGCUCCCUGGCCAGCCUGGAGAUGGACCUCGACGGGGCAGCAAGCAAGGAGGAAGGCAGCACCACCAGCCCGGGCACGCCGGCUGCCGCUAGCCAAGAGCCUUUCCCUUCGGCUCCCACCUCCUCCGGCCAGCAGCAACAGCAGCGCCCGCAGCCCCAGGGGCAGCCGCAGCCCGCCGAGGACCCGCACUGCAAUAUCAGCGUGCAGCGGCAGAUGCUGAGCUCGCUGCUGGUGCGCUGGAGCCGCCCGCUGGGCAUCCAGUGCGACCUCCUGCUCUUCUCCACCAACAACCACGGGCGGGCCUUCUUCUCCGCCGCCUUCCACCGGGUGGGGCCGCCGCUGCUCAUCGAGCACCUGGGGCUGGCGGCCGGCGGCGCCCAGCAGGACCUGCGCCUCUGCGUGGGCUGCAGCUGGGUGCGGGGCCGGCGGGUCGGCCGCCUGCGGGGCGCCGCGCCCCAGACCGCUGCCUCCUCCUCCGCCUCCUCCUCCUCCUCCUCGCUCUCCUACCCGCCGGCGGCGGAGCCCGGCCAGUACUGGCUGCAAGGGGAGCCCCUGAAUUUCUGCUGCCUGGAUUUCAGCCUGGAGGAGCUGAAGGGGGAGCCGGGCUGGCGGAUGAACCGCAAGCCCAUCGAGUCUACCUUGGUGGCUUGUUUCAUGACUCUGGUCAUCAUCGUGUGGAGCGUGGCCGCCCUCAUCUGGCCGGUGCCCAUCAUCGCCGGCUUCCUGCCCAACGGCAUGGAGCAGCGCCGCGGCACCGCCGCCAGCACCGCCGGCACCGCCGGCACCGCCGCCAAGUAGCCGCUCCCGCUGGCUUCCCCCCCUCGUCUCUCUGCGUCCUGUGGUGUGAAGGGACGCGGGGCGGACUCUGCCGUGUUUUUUCCCUUGUUUAAAACGUGUCCGCGGGGACGCGGCGGGACGCCCCUGGCCCUGGUGGCCGCAGGGCGCCGGGGGCCGCCCCGGGGGCUGUCCCGUCCUGAGGGGAGCGGGUCUGCUCUGAGGGGGGCAAACCCGCCCGGAGAGGAGCAGACCUGCUCUGAGAGGGGCAAACCAGCCCUGAGGGGGGCAAACCCGCCCGGAGGGGAGCAGACCUGCUCUGAGAGGGGCAAACCAGCCCUGAGGGGGGCAAACCCGCCCGGAGGGGAGCAGACCUGCUCUGAGAGGGGCAAACCAGCCCUGAGGGGGGCAAACCCGCCCGGAGGGGAGCAGCCCUGCCGCUUCACCCGCUGCCGGGAGACAACCAAACCCUGUGUGCUCGUUUUAUAUCUUCUAAUACCCGUUUUGAACCAACCUUUUAGUAAAAAAAAAAAAAAAAAAAAAGAAAAAAAAGGAAAAAAAAUACUAAGUUGCUCCCGCAGCAAAUCGACGCAGGAAAUAAAAGACCCUCCCAUUCAAGUGCAUUUGUUGUAGUUGGAUUAGCUUUUUUGUAUAUGAAUGCAGUUGGAGUUGUUUUUUUUUUUUUCUUUAUUUACAGAAAGGGAAGUUCUUUUUGGCAAGAUCAAGAAAUGAAGCGGUAUAUAUAUUGUUAUUGCUGAAGCUGAACUUUAACGAACCUUUUACACUGUAUUUCCCAGUUGAGAUAGUGUGUAUUUAUUAUUGUAGCUCUGUGUUAUUUGGCUUUUAAUACAGAGGUUUUCUUUUUGUAGCCACUGUA